AUGAGCUAUUGUCCGGAUCAAACGGAUAAGACGAAGGAUGAAAUUCCUCGUGAGGGCGUGAAGAGACAACGUGCUGAUUCUUCGACGUCAUCGCCAGGUAGAGUCCAUGGAAUGGACCCAGGAAUUCUCGAGCCUUGCUUGGAGAUGCUGGUGUCGGAUAGCAAUGAAGAAGAAUCUCAUUCUACAGAUAUGAUACCAUCAGCUACGCCAGAUGAUCUGAUAGCGAGUGGAGCAGACUAUGACUGGGACGAACGGAAUACAGAAGCACAGAGCUGUCUAGAUGGAAUGGCAGCCUUAUCCAUCCAAGAAGAACGGCCGGGGUACCUAGGUCUCGCGUCCGGUGCCUCUCUUCUGCACUUGAUUCAGAAAUGCUCUGCUGGGCCAUUGUCCUCCGCUGCCAUGUUGCAAAAAACCCCAACUCCCAAGGCACAGUCGCCACAGGCACUGUCAGUCAAUUUGCAACGAGAGAUCCCGCCGCAGAAGAUUGAAGCCUAUAUCGGGGACUAUUUCAGUGAAUACCAUAUCUCUUACCCGUUGGUUCACCAGGGACUUUUUAUGGCUCAGUACCAUGAGAUCGUCCCACGGCCAAAGUACGGCUGGACUGUGCUGAUGUACAUGGUUGCCGCCCUCGGCGCUUUCAUGUCUGCAACUGCAACUGCACCGAACGACGAUGAUCUUGUCCUGUAUCAAUGUGCUCGAUCUCAUCUUUCACUUGAAAUCCUCGAAGUGGGUAGUUUGACAUUGGUUCAAAGCCUGAGCCUCAUCUCCAACUAUCUCCAAAAACGAGACCGUCCGAAUUCAAGUCACAACUACCUUGGUCUAGCAGUUCGUAUGGCCUAUGGCUUGGGCCUCCACAAGGAUCAUCCCAAUACAGAGGGAAAUUUGCUAUACCGUGAGAUCCGGCGCCGAACCUGGUGGUGUCUCUUCAUCUAUGAUGUCGGCUCGACAAUUACCUUCAGCCGUCCAUUGGCAAUUCCGUCGGCUGGUAUCGACGCAAAACUGCCUCUCAACAUAUCAGAGAGUGACUUGACGUUAUCUGCGACGGAUUCCCCAGAAGUUAUCGACGCUCCCACGAUCUACACGAAUGUUCGAGUCCAAUCGCAAUUCCAUCUUCUCACCAACCAUAUCUACAACCGCGUCAUCUCCAAACCUGCCCCAUCAGCCAAACAGGUGCUUGAAUGGGACGAUAAUUACAUCACCAGGUGGUUGAACAUGGUGCCAUGGUACUAUAAAGAAAGCGCUAGAGUGCCAGCGCGCCACGCACUCGCUCAUUCCAUCAUGACAUGGCGAUACAAACACCUCCGAAUGAUCAUCUAUCGUCCCUUCCUGAUUCAAAAGGCUCUAAUGACUAACCGGUCACAGCCAUCUGCUGUACUUCCACUAGCGGAAGGCAAUCACCCUCGACCAGUCGAGAAUUCGGAAUCACGCAUCUACCGAGACACUGCAUGUGAUCGAUGUUUGAAAGAGUCACAUGAAACAAUCACAAGCAUUGAACGUUUCUGGAAAAUUGAGGUGCAUACGCGCAUGGCGUGCUGGUAUGCACUGUACUUCCUGUUCUCCGCCACCCUUGUCCCGGUCGUCCUCCUCCGAAACGAGCCUCAAUCUCUAUUCGCAGAGAGCUGGCAGCAGGAUAUCGACACUGCAAUCGAGAUUAUCAAAAGUAUGGUGGAACUAAGUCCGUUUGCUGCUCGAUGCUUCGAAACACUUGAAAGUCUUCGGAAUGGUUGCAAUGAGUCGGAUGAUUUAGCUUCAGGCAUGGCCAUACCUGAUAUUCCUGGACUGAUGGAUCCCGUCAAUCAUGUUCCUCUUGCUCAAAUGUUUUCGUCCAAUUUUAUGGGCUGGUUGGAGGCUCCGGAGGCCUACUUUGAGGAACAAUUGUGGUAUGUUCAUCGUCUUUACUUGACCUCUGGGGUUUCAUGCUAA